GAACAACGCCGCGCCUGCAUAGCACGAAUUCUCUUCUUUUGAUCAGCUGUGGAAGGAAGAAUGUGCUCGACUUGGUCCGUUGACCUCGGAAAGGAAGCGGUGCAGCGUCAGUGCCUCUGCGCCACGAACGAAGCUGUGUGGUGGGUGUCCACCGCGGGGGUGCUGUACACCUGGCGCGGCAACACCGACACGGCCGCCGAGGAGGUGCCAGAUCCGAUGGCACUGCUGCAGCUCGACAGCCGUGCGCAAUUCAUGGCGAUGUCAGCGGACGACCGAAUUCUGCUCGUUACGUCGCAUCAUUUGUCGCUGUUUGCAAUUAGCCGGGAAAGCGCGCCUUUGUUUCUGCACGGCGGUGGAGGUGAUGCAGGGCAACCUUCGCAGCGGCAGGAAAACGACGGAGACUAUGGGGAGCACAGUGAGAAACGGGAGGUGGUGAUCACCGUAGAAGAAGUGCAGCGGCUGCCGUGUCGCCUCUCAGAGGUGCGGGGUGGAGACAUAAACUGUGAUGCCUCCUGUGCCGCCUUGUGCUCCGCCUUUGGAUUGUACGUGGUAGACUGCGCUCCGUCUACCGCCGAGGUGAGCGCGGCCCACGGUGACCGCGUUGGUCUGUACGAGUGUUCGCAGCUUGGUGCCUCGACGCGCGGUUGUCGCUUUGCCUGCUUUAGCGGGGUUACCCAGCUUGUGGUGCUCGACGAGGCGAACCACCUUCUUUUACUCCGCUGCGACUGUCAACACGAGACCUACGCGAACGGGUACCGUGACGCUCCGCGAAGCGAGUCGUCGCCAGCGGUGGAGGUGCUCGUAGACGGUCACGUGCUCACCCGCACGGCUCGUGCUACCGCGCUUGCGUGCAGUCACAGCACCCUCCACGCACCAACUAUCCUCGUGGGGUUUUCUUCUGGACAGGUGCGUGUCAUGGACGGCGAGAGUCUGCAGCAGCUGCGUACGUGGGAUGUCUCGUCUGUGCUGCCCUCCCGUACACCCACCUCUGCCGCCGCCGUCACCGUGACGGAACGCUCACGGCGACGAACGGGGGGCGCGUCGCUGUCCCGCCCUCCUCGAGGUGCGCUUACGGCUCUUGCUCUGUCCGACGAUGAUCCAUUGCCGAAGGUCGCCGCUCCUCCUCUUCCUGUGCUCGAUGCUCAGGUCGGCGUGCACCUCUUCACCAUCGUCACACCGAAUGGCGUACUGUACUACAACCGACACACGUUUCAGCUACACGAGACCUACGUUUCACGUUUUGAACGUCCCGUGGUCCAAAUGGGCGCAGGAGUGGCGCACGCAACUGUGGAGGAGCAAGUGGUGUUCCGCAGUGCGCCAAACGGUUCGUGGUGCUACACAAACGUUCUGGAGGGCAUACUGUAUUACGCUCCGACGUGUGUGGACGCGCAGCACGCCGCGGAGAGGCGCGACAUGGACGAGGAGCUCGCAACCACCGACCUCAUACACGCCCGUGUGCCGCUGCCAUCGUCGUGGCUCGGCACAGACGGCCCCGCAAAGCGCGAACCCUCUGUCCUCUCUCCUAAAACAACAAAACGAACGUCGUCGUCUGCGCUGCCCACCACGAUGAACAAGGCGGGAGGGAAUGUGCCGGUACGACGACCGGUCAAGGGCAGCAACUACAACGAUGCUCCGUGGUCAGUGCAGCAGGAGCGCAAACGAAAAGCGCAGGCUGCGGCGGCGAAGGACCGCGCGGCGCAGGAGUUCGGACUCCCGCCUACCUCAGCUGCCAACAGUCUCCGUUUCCACUACAACAGCGUCGACGGCAAGAACGCCCUAAACCUCCCGUAUGCGUUUGAGCGAAUGGAAGCACCAACCAGUGCGCUGUGCCACCUGCACACACGCGCCGUCUUAGCAGCUACCUUCGACACCGUCGGAGAGGCCCUCGUGACCGCCGGCGGCGACGGCAGCGCGCAGCAUUUGCAGUACCCCGUUGCACGCGUGAAGCGCACAGGUGACGUGGUGGGGUAUGCCUUAUCGGGACACCCCGCGGCGGUGACCACGGUGGACGCCAACCUCUCCCGCCAGCAUCCGAUGGUGCUGACCGGAUGUGCGGAUGGUAAACUACGUCUGUGGAUACCUGGUAGUCAAGAUACCCCUGUUACGGAGGUCGCAACGGGACCUGCAAACGAGAAAGCUGGCGACGCACCUAACGCAGUGACCAAUGCGCAGUUUUUCUAUCUGGACAAGUUUGUGCUCUCCUGUACCAAGGACAGAUUGGAGCUGCGCCGCCAUGCCGCUCCUGUCACUUCUAUUGCAACUUCACCCUCUCCGUCACGGCUCUCCAAGACACCGGUGUACAGUCACACUGUCGGCGCGGGUCACACCGUCACCUCCGCCAGCGCAAUGAACCACUUUGCCAGCCAUCUUGUCGUGCUCGCCACUUCCGAGAAGGCAAUUCAGGUGCUGGAUGUUUCGACGGAUGCGAUUCUGUGGUCAAAUGGUGCCACCCACACCCGCGCGGUGUAUCGUGUUGCCAUGGGCCGCAGCAGCCGCCACGCCGCGACCAUGCCGAGUUCUCUGGCGCAUCUCUUUGCCUCGGCGGCCCUCGAUAGCACCGUCGCGCUAUGGGAUGUGCGUACGCCGUCGCCUGCGCAGCUCUACACGCAGCACAGCAACACCGCGAUCCCCUCCCUUGGGAUGGAGCUGUCGCCCGGGAACGAGAUGGUGGCGGUGGCGAGCCAGGACAACCGUGUGUACGUGUACGACAUUCGGAAAGGCGGGGGAGGGGGUGCGACGGCCUCGACGGUGCUGCAGGGAUUUGCGACGUAUGUCACGUCGAUUGCGUGGCAUCCGCUGCAGCCCAUCAUGGCGGCUGGAUUGGCCAACGGGGACGUUCAGCUUUACCAUCAUCGAGGCUGA